AUGUAGGUAUCUGCAGCUAUCAUGUUUGAUUUGGGGAUCGCGUCAUGCUUAGAGUAUUUGGAAGCCGUUCCAUGGUCUGAGGAUGAAGAGGAGAAAGUCCUUUAUAAUAUCAGCCAACUUCAGCUUGAGGAAUCGGCGAGUGAAGUUCUGCUGAGAGUGUCAUCUGAACCGUCCACCUCAGCACAAGCUGAUGUCAUCCUAUUGAGAUUGCUGACUGGCGUUCUUCAGGCGAAAGAUGAUAAAGCUCGUCGGGAAAUGAAAUCUCUUAUUUCUCGGCUGCUCAGAGAAGAUGAGCCUAGCAAUAACAACAGGAUUGACAUCUCUAAAGACACCCUCUAUCAUCUUUGCCAUAGGUGUAUUAGUUCUCUUGUUCUAUGCCUAUCAGAAGCUACAAGUGCAGAUGAAACUUGCCGGGAUCGAGGAGUUUUGAUGGGUGAAAUAGCUAGAGAGGCUGACAAUAUGCAAUGGAUUGUUGACAUUCUGGUGGAAAAAAAGAUGGCAGAUGAGUUUGUGAAAUUGUGGGCAGAUCAGAAGGAGCUUGCAAUCAUGCAUUCUAAGAUUCCUACCAUGUAUCGGCACGAAAUCAGCAGAAUAACUGCUCAACUGUGCAUAGCAAUAGGCAGAGGCCAUAUUUUGGUGCCCCAAGAUGCACGGUUUUCUUUGCUGUCUACAUGGCUGGAAGCUCUUUAUGAGGACUUUGGAUGGAUGAGAAGGGCUAGUAGAUCUGUUGAUAAGAAGUUGGUCGAAGACGCGCUCGGUCAAACAAUUCUUACACUGCCGUUGCCACAGCAACAGACCAUCUUGCUUAAUUGGUUCGAUCGGUUUCUUAAUAAGGGAGAUGACUGUCCCAACUUUCAAAGGGCAUUUGAAAUUUGGUGGAGAAGAGCUUUCAUAAGAGAAUAUAUGUCCGAGCGGGACAAUUCUCAGUUACAAAUAACAAUUUGCGAUUAUUCCAACUGAAAGGUAUCGUUAAACCAUGUUAUAGAAGGAAAAUAAAAUAGCAAUUCAAGUUUUAUAUAUACGUAUAUAACAAUUCUUUUUCGUUGGAGUUUUCUUAUUUUUCCUGCUCAAGUCCGCUUGGACUUUUUGUUCUCGAAAAAUUUUCUUACAGAGGCAAAUGCUCCUUUAUGAAAAACGAUGAAUGGAUAAUGAGCUUUUGAGGUGUAUAAUGAGGCAAUAGUCAAG